GGGUGAACCCGGCUGGCAUUUGAGUAAAUUAAGAGUGUGCUGUGGGAGAAACACCUCUGUCCCGUCUGCUCUGCAGUUUCCGUUAGUGUUCGAGUGUUUGUUGGAGGCAGUAAACGAACUUUCCCAGUCCAGAUAAAGUGAUAAUGUGAAGCCAUCGUGCAGUACCAGUGUUGGUUUGUAUAGUGCAGUAUGGCUGCUAAGAAACUGAGAAGAGCAAGGUUGUCUCAGGAACUGUGUGAAAGGCUGAGUCGCCAUCAAAUCACUACCUGUCAGGACUUUUUAUGUCUUUCGCUCUUGGACCUAAUGAAAGUGACAGGGCAGAGCUACUGUAAUGUGCAGAAGCUUCUUUGUAAAGUCAGCCUAGCUUGUGCUCCCAAAAUGCAGACAGCCUAUGAAAUGACAGUGAGGAGGGCUGUCAACCCCUCAUCAGCCUUCUUGUCCACCAGCUUGCACAGUUUGGAUGAAGUCUUGCACGGUGGAGUGCCCUGUGGAUCCCUCACAGAGAUAACUAGCCCACCAGGUUGUGGCAAAACUCAAUUUUGCAUUAUGAUGAGUGUUCUGGCUACGCUACCUAUAAGCAUGGGAGGACUGGAUGGGGCCGUUAUAUACAUUGACACAGAGUCUGCAUUCAGUGCCGAAAGAUUGAUUGAGGUAGCAGGAAACAGAUUCCCUGCUUAUUUUGACUCAAAUGAAAAGCUAUUUUCCAUGACCCGUAACAUUUACCUGUAUCGAGAGCUGACCUGUGGCAGUGUACUGAAAAGGAUUAAGUCUUUGGAAGAAGAAAUAAUUUCAAAGAAAGUUAAGCUCAUAAUAAUCGACUCUGUUGCUUCAGUUGUUAGAAAAGAGUUUGAUACAAAACUCCAAGGCAACCUGACAGAGAGAAGUAACUUCUUGGCUAGAGGAGCAUCACUGUUGAAGUAUUUGGCAGAGGAGUUCUCAAUACCAGUAAGUUCUUCCUCCUUUUUUAAAUUUCUGACUUACGGUAUCGAGCACUAA